GGCAUUAUAAAGAGCGCCACGAGUCGGCAUUGUCAGGCGGCGGCACUGUGUGGGCCCAAGCGGGUCUUUUAGUCGGUGGGUUCCGUGCAGCGGUGGCCGAGGAGGGAGCGCGCGAGGUUGCGGCCGCCUCGUUGGCGCAGAGAGGGGAGACCGGGCAGCGCGAGCUCGAGCUCGGCCGAGUCCAGCGGCACCUUCCCGGCGGGUGGGGACGAGCGGGCCUCGCGGCGUCAUCGGCGGCGAGGAGCCGCUGCACCCCGGUCUAAUGUCGGAAGCAGGUGAGGAGCAGCUCAUGGAGACGACGGGCGCUACUGAGAACGGGCACGAGGCCGCCCCCGAAAGCGAGUCGCAAGCCGGGCCCGGCAGCGGGGCCACGGCGGGCGCUGGGGGCGGGAGCGUGGCGCCCCCGGCCGGCAACCAGAACGGCGCCGAGGGCGACAAGAUUAACGCCAGCAAGGAAGAAGAGGACGCGGGAAAAAUGUUCGUUGGUCACCUGAGCUGGGAUACUAGUAAAAAGGACCUAAAGGAUUAUUUUACCAAAUUUGGAGAGGUUGUUGACUGUACAAUAAAAAUGGAUCCCAACACUGGCCGGUCAAGAGGGUUUGGGUUUAUUCUGUUCAAAGAUGCAGCCAGUGUGGAGAAGGUCCUAGACCAGAAGGAGCACAGGCUGGAUGGCCGUGUCAUUGACCCCAAAAAGGCCAUGGCCAUGAAGAAGGAGCCUGUAAAGAAAAUUUUUGUGGGGGGUCUGAAUCCUGAAGCCACUGAGGAGAAAAUCAGAGAGUACUUCGGCGAGUUUGGGGAGAUCGAGGCCAUUGAUCUUCCAAUGGAUCCAAAGUCAAACAAAAGACGAGGCUUUGUUUUUAUCACCUUUAAAGAAGAAGAGGAACCUGUGAAGAAGGUUCUAGAGAAAAAAUUCCACACUAUCAGUGGAAGUAAGUGUGAAAUCAAGGUGGCUCUGCCCAGAAAAGUCUACCAACAGCAGCAAUAUGGCUCUGGGGGCCGCGGAAACCGCAACCGAGGGAACCGAGGCAGUGGUGGUAGUGGAAGUGGAGGAGGUCAGAGUCAGAGUUGGAAUCAGGGCUACGGCAACUACUGGAACCAGGGCUACGGCUACCAGCAGGGCUACGGGCCCAGCUAUGGCGGCUACGACUACUCGCCCUAUGGCUAUUACAGCUACGGCCCCGGCUACGACUACAGUCAGGGUAGUACGAAUUACGGGAAGAGCCAGCGACGUGGUGGCCAUCAGAAUAACUACAAGCCAUACUGAGGUUUCGGCAAGAGUGCCCGUCUGACCGCACACGCUUUGUUUGGAUAUUGAGUGAACACAAUUAUGUACCAAAUUUAACUUGGCAUACUUUCUAUGGCCUGUCCCAUGUGCAUCUUAUUUAAAAAAUUCCCCCCCUCCCCCCGAAAUCACUCUCUUGUUUACUAUUUCCAGAGCUCUACUUGUUUUAGGCAGUGUGUGGUGUCUCAGGCCAGAGUGGCUUUGUGGGCAGAUUUUAUUACUGGGUUAUCCAAAACCAGGUGGGAGGGUCAGUUUCCUGCUGCCGCUCUGCAGCCUGGACCUGUGGACCCUGGUUGUAAAGAGGUCUAUCUUAGAAAACCAAUGUCACCUUUUUUUCACCUUUUAAUUUUAUAUUAUUUGUGUCAUACAUUUCCUGUAAUGGAAGUGUUAAUUUUACUGUACUUUUUGGUACCUUUUGGGAAUCUAAUGUAUUGUAAGGUAUUUUACACGUGUCCUGAUUUUGCCACGACCUGGAUAUUGAAGCUAUCCAAGCUUUUGAAAUAAAAAUGUAAAAACCCCCAAGCCUGGGUGAGUGUGGG